AUGACAAUCUCUAUAAGACCAACCACCCAACCACACAUUUCUCCUUCCAUCUCCAAACCCAACAACGUUAACCCAACUUUCUCCCAUGCCACAACUCCUACCUUACCCUUCAACAAGUCCCAACUCGCCUGGGAUCGCCUCAAAAAUGACUCAGUGCAAUGCAACUCGCCCAAACUCGGCCACAAGUGGACACAAUACCAAGGAAUCAACCACUGGGAAGGCUUGUUAGAUCCUCUCGACGACAACCUACGAAGGGAAAUCCUAAGAUACGGUAAUUUCGUAGAAGCCGCAUAUAACUCUUUUGACUUUGACACCUCUUCUCCUACAUAUGCCAUGUGUCGCUAUCCCAAAACCUCACUCCUAACGAAAACUGGAAUGAGAAAAUCUGGUUACAGAAUAACGAAAAAUUUACGUGCCACAUGCGGGGUACAGCUACCAAACUGGAUUUCCACGUUGUCCCAGUUGCCAUGUGUACGAUCUAGCUGGAUCGGAUACGUGGCUGUGUCUCAAGACAAGGAGGAAAUUGCUCGUCUCGGAAGACGUGAUGUGGUGAUUGCGCUCAGGGGAACUGCCACGUGUCUUGAGUGGUUGGAAAACCUUCGUGCUACCUUGACUAAAUGGCCGAAUGAAGAAGAUACCACAUGCGAAGGUUGUUGUAUGGUGGAGAGGGGAUUUUUGAGCCUCUACAUGUCCAAAUCUGGCACAUGUCCCAGUUUACAGGACAUGAUUCGCCACGAGGUUGCCAGAGUGAUUCAAUCCUACGGUGAUGAGCCACUCAGCAUAACUAUAACCGGUCACAGUCUAGGAGCUGCACUCGCAAUUCUAAGCGCGUACGAUAUAACUACCACGUUUAAAAACGCGCCCAUGGUUACGGUGGUCUCCUUUGGUGGGCCCCGCGUGGGUAACCAUAAGUUUCGGAGCCAGUUGGAGAAAAGUGGAACCAGGAUCCUGCGAAUCGUGAACUCUGAUGAUGUAAUCACAAAAGUGCCUGGUCUCGUAGUCCGAGAUGAUGACAUGGCAUGCAAUAAGAGUGUCCACGUGACCAGGUUGCAGAGUUUGUUCCAUAGAAUGGUCGACGACAUGCAGUUGGUGUACGCUGACGUUGGACAAGAGUUGAGACUGAGUAGCAGAGAAUCAUCCUAUCUCAUGAAAGGAGAUGUUGCCACGUGCCAUGAUCUCAAGACGUAUCUCCACUUGGUGAAUGGUUUUGUUAGUUCCUCGUGUCCGUACAUGAACAAAAUGACACAAUAUCUGACCGAAGCUUGA